CUGAAGGGACUUUCCAGAAAAGAAAAAAAAAAAAAAGGCUUAGGGGAGGGGCCCGAGCUGAGUCCGAUCAUUAUGGGGAAUGGGGGUUUUCGGAUCACAGAAUCCCACACAGAGUGCGGAUCAAUGGCAAGCGUGAAUCAAAAAGUUCUGCUUCGGUACUGAGCCGCUCUCCUGGAGGAAAAGCCGGAGAAGCCACCGCUGCCGCCGCCAAUACGCCUUUCUCUCCGUGCUGCUCGUACCGCUCCGGGCUGCAGGGUACAGGCCGUGCCGGCAUUACUUCAUGCACAGGGAUGUGCCCAGUUCCUGACUCACUAUGGAAUCUUCCCACUGAUUUCUGCGAUGAUUAUAAUGCUGCAUACGUCAGAUGAGAUUGUUUCUUCUCUGGAAUUUUUACUGCAUUCUUUCUCCCAGGAUCAGUUUAGAGCCAAGGUUCUUAGGCAUCUACUUGGAAAGCCAGUGCAUGAGAGAUGAAGUGUAGUGUCCCUGAUCAGCCUUAAUGAUCUUUACUCCUAUACUGGGAAAAAUACAGUAAUGGAACCAAAGCAACCUGGACUUUAUCCUAACCUAGCUGCUAUAUCAUGGAUACUGGCAAAAAGACCGAUCCAUCUGCAUCUGUGCAAAAAGCCAACCCAGAUCGCAGCCUUGCUACAACUAUCUAUGUGCCAGAACAAGGAGGAUACAAGGAAAGGUUUCUAAAACCUGUAGAGGAGAAAUACAAAUGUGAAAAAUGCCGCUUGGUGCUGUGUAACCCCAGACAGACAGAAUGUGGCCACAGAUUUUGUGAAACAUGCAUGAACGCAAUACUAAGUUCGACUAGCCCACAAUGCAUGGCCUGUGAAGAUAACAUCACUAAAGAUAAGGUGUUCAAGGAUAACUGCUGCAGGAGGGAAGUCCUGGCCCUUCAGAUGUUCUGCAGAAAUGAAACCAGAGGUUGUAAAGAACUCAUCACACUAGGAAAUCUCUUGAUACACCUAAAAAGUGACUGCCAAUUUGAGGAACUUUCUUGUCCUCGCGCUGACUGUAAAGAAAAAGUCAUUAGAAAGGACUUAAGCGACCACAUAGAAAAGACAUGUAAAUACAGAGAAACUCCGUGUAAAUUCUGUAGAAACCAGGUCCCAUUGGUAGAAAUGCAGAAACAUGAAGAUGUGGAUUGUCCGUCUGUUGUAAUAUCUUGCCCUCAUAUGUGUAGUGUGAAAAGCCUUUUGCGGAGUGAGUUGAAUGCGCAUUUGUUAGAAUGUGUUAAUGCCCCAAGUACCUGUAGUUUCAAACGUUAUGGGUGCACUUUUAAGGGAACAAACCAACAGAUUAAAGCACAUGAGGCUAGCUCAGCUGUUCAGCAUGUGAAUCUGAUGAAGGAAUGGAGUAACUAUCUGGAAGCAAAGGUGUCCAUGUUACAAAACGAAAGCUCUGAAAAGAAUAAAAGUAUUCAGAUAUUACACAACCAGAUGUGUAGCUUCGAAAUUGAAAUAGAGCGACACAAGGAGCAGCUGCGAAAUAAUGAAGCAAGGAUUAUACAACUUCAGAGAGUGAUAGAGGGGCAAGCAGAUAAGCUAAAGGAUUUAGACAAGGAAAUUCGAAAUCUGCGCCAAACUGGCGAUGAAGCUGAUGGCAUGAAGAGCAAUUACGAAUCUUUACAAAAUCGUCUGUCACAGUUAGAAGUUAUGGCCAAAAAUGCAGCAUCUUGGAAUCCAGGUGUUUUAGAGACACAGAUCAACAGACAUGACCAGAUGCUCAGUGUCCAUGAUAUCAGGUUGGCGGACAUGGAUCUUAGAUUCCAAGUGCUAGAAACAGCAAGUUACAAUGGGGUACUGAUCUGGAAAAUAAGAGACUACAAAAGAAGGAAGCAAGAGGCUGUGAUGGGGAAGACCCUCUCAUUGUACAGCCAGCCUUUUUACACAGGAUAUUUUGGCUACAAGAUGUGUGCAAGAGUUUAUCUAAACGGCGAUGGGAUGGGAAAAGGGACGCAUUUAUCACUAUUUUUUGUUAUCAUGAGAGGAGAAUAUGAUGCUUUGCUUCCUUGGCCUUUUAAACAGAAAGUCAGCCUCAUGUUAAUGGACCAAGGACCAUCACGACGUCAUUUAGGAGAUGCAUUCAAACCAGACCCAAACAGCAGUAGCUUCAAAAAACCUACUGGAGAAAUGAACAUUGCUUCUGGCUGCCCAGUGUUUGUAGCCCAAACAGUCCUGGAGAAUGGGACGUACAUUAAAGAUGAUACUAUUUUUAUUAAAGUGAUAGUAGAUACAUCCGAUCUACCAGAUCCUUGAUGCUGGAUAGACAUGCAAAAUAGGUAGAAGGCAAAGCCAGCAUGGAGUUUUGUACAUCACUUUUCAAUGAGAGGUGCCAAGGUUUGCAUAAGGACCAGUUGUGCUAUCACAGAAAACAGAAGGAACAAGGGCAGAGGGUCCAAUGCACAAAUCAUCAUCUGAGUGUAGUGUAUCGUUGUACUGGGAAUGCUGGAAAGCAUGGGGAAUGUCUUUUGACCCAAGGAGCUGUUUGCUCUUUGUGCACAUAAAGGUUGUGAUGUCAAAGAUCAGUGGCUGGGAGGGAAGAGAGCUCAUUUCUGUCAAGAGAUUGCCCAAAACAGGUUAUCCAGUAUUAACCAAAAUUAAUCCAACAAUGCAAAAUUCUGGUAGUAGAAAUAUGUAUUUUAAUAUAUUGCAUAGAGAACCCAAUCAGUAGAAAAUGGGCAAUUCUAUCAGAAAGUGUUUUUCUUUUCAGGAUGGGGUGGGGGGCAGUGAAGUUUCAUAUUGGUCGCUUGAACACGCCCACACUCCUCAUGUAGUCUUUAUAAUGUAGCUAGUUAGUUUGGGGUCAGAUCACAUGUGUAGACCACCAUGUCACAAUUCACAAUGUUACAAGCGACCAUCAUAAGACAUACUAUUUAUUAUUUUAUUUUUUUUGCUGGUGAAUAAGCUGAAAUUUCUUAACAGAAAGGUAACAGACUUUUGUUAUUACUUGUGAUAAGAAAGAAAAGCUAUUCAAUACCCUAUUAUUUCUCUUUUGAAAUGUAAUCCAACUACAUGUCGUAGGUUAUGACACAAUUAACACUGUUAUUAAGUAUAGGAGAAAAAAAAGCUCUUUUUCGAUGCUGUGCAUCAUUUUCAGGCUUCAAAUUUUCACCCUAAACUAGGGCAUGUGUUGAACUUUGGAGUUCUAAAUAAAAUACUUUAAAGUUUUCUAUGUUCUGCCCUAUGCAUCCAAGUGAAUUGCCUGUGAGACGAGCAAGCAGAUACGGGGGGUGGGGGUGGCAGGAAAUAUUGUGUUGUCUUUAUCCAUUAAGCCGUACUUGUAGCAUUUAUGUCUUUGUGAACACUUUUGUAAAAGAAAAUAUCAUAAUUUUUAAUUUAUCAUGAAUUUAAUAUAUAAAUUAUAUCUACUUUGCAAAUGUUUACGUACCUUAAUUUUAAAGAUUGCAAAUGUCCCACUCUGGCCUGUACUGGGGAAGAAAAAAGUAAAGUAUUAUUAUACCGACCUCCCUGAAAUUAGAGAAGACCAUGUUGGGCCAUCGGAUUAAGAGUUGUAAAAUGCUGGGACAUUGCAAUAAGGAUAUUCCAUUCAUUCUAGGUGAGCAGUAAUUUAUAUUAAAUAUGUGGCAUGACAUAACGUAUGAGUUACAUUUGUUUUAUGAGCAUUGCGUUUAGUUUUCCCACUUGGCAAAGUCUGUGUCGCAGGUAAAAGUUAAAAUGACAAAGGCUUGGCUUGGCUUUACGUCUCCGUUUUUUUUAUAGUUCUAAAUAUCUGAUAGACUGAAACCGAAGAGCAUUAACACAGACACCAACAAUAAACCUCCUUGUAUCUUA